AUAUCGAUUUGCGUGCUUAUUUUAUGGUCGCGUCCAUGGUUUUGCUUUAUCUGUACCUGUACUGUCGAACGAAUGUCUGCUGUCGGUAGAUCAUGUUUGCGCGCCGGGAUAUUAUUACUGAUAAAAUGUGUUUAGAACCUUGUUUAUUACAUUAAUUGAAAAUUUCUGUUAAUAUUGAGAAUGACUACUGCCUAUGACGAAUCAGUGAUUGAGUUUGAUCUGAAUUAUCUGAACCAGGAUUCAAAUGGCACCCCAAUUGCCAAUAAAGCGGAUAAAAACAAGUAUGAGAAGCAGAAGCGCAAUAUAUCUAUUAUGAAAAAGAAGAUUAUUGCUACGGAUGCUCUCAUAACCAAGUACUAUACAAAGAAGCAGAUGUUGUUUGACGCAGAAAAGAACUUGGCUGGGACGAAGGAGGAGUGUAAACAGAUCUGUUUAGAUUACAGACAGGCAUUGGAGAAAUGUAGUGUUUUGGAAACUGAAAGACAAACAGUCCAAACUGCUUAUAAAACUGUUGAGGAACGAUGUGGUCAAUUAGAAAACCAGUGUGCAGCUUUUCAAUCGCAUAUCCACCAAUUGCAGCAACUUAUAAAGGAAAAAGACACUGCACUGGAGUCUUUACGAACUGAGAAGAAGAAAACAUAUGUUAAAGAAGUUGACAAAAAAGCAGUGUAUACACGGGACAGAGAAAGAACUUCUUUAAACAAAGAUAUUAAGCUGUUUACUGAAUUAGUAAAAAAAAUACUUGGUAAAAAAAGACUGAAGGGAAGAUAUAAUGAACUUCUACGGAAAUAUGAGAUAUCCAGUGAUGGAAAUGCCAGCGAUACCAGUGAUGUAUUCGAAGAACCUUUUUCGCCACCAUUUAGUCCCGUGACUAAGAAGCCCUCAAAUACCGCUACAGACUCCGAGUGUGAUUACAGUGUAGAUACCGGUCGAGGAUCAUCUCUAGGUUCUGAUAACGAUAAAUUUAUACUCAGUCCAGAUUGCUUCAUAGAAGACAACCCAAGAAGUUCAGUGACCAUCGAAAAUAGAUCCAAAAUAAAAGUAGCAAAUGUGGCGACAAGUCCUAUUAUAUUUGAAGACGUUGUUGAAGAGCCAAGCCUUCCACUUAUUCUGGACGACGAAGAACUCGAAAGCUCUAAAAAUGAAUCUUCUAAUAUUGAAAGUCAAUUAAAUAUGGUAGAUAGAUGCCUUAGUCCAAUAAGGAUAAACAAGAGAUCAGUGUGUACAAGCCCAAUGGAACUUGAGACAGUUGUUCAAAUUCAAAUAGAAAAUGAAUUUGAAUCUAAGGAUGCAUCUACGAUGACUAAUCAAACUUUGCCACUAAUAACCAUCGAUAGGUCUGUUAGUCCAAUAAAUAUAUCCAGUGGCGUUUCUGUAUUUACGAGUCCAAUGAAACACUUUACAAGAGAAAUAGCUACAAGUCCAGAGAUAAUUAAUGAAAACAUAAUUGAGAACGAAAGCACACAAGAAAAUAAUCAGAAAGAAUGUCUGGAAUUAAACAACAGUAAUAAUAUGCGUCGCGACAAUAAUGCAGACUUUGAAAUAGAGAUGAUACUGAAUUCUAUGCAAAUGAGCCACGGUAUUAUAACGCCUAUUCCAAAGACGCCGUCGAGGUCGCGUUACACAGAAUCAAGGAACGUACCUAGUCGUCUUAGUAGCGUAUCAAGCCAUCCAAGACUCUUUGAAGGUGGCUUUUUAGAAACAGUCGAUGAGUAUUCCAGAGUAGAAGAGCUUAAAAUGGAAUUAGAUAAUUUAAAAAGUGUUCUCAAACAACAUAUCUUGUUGACAAGUAAACCACUCCAAUUUAAUCACAAACCUCUAUUAAAUAAAUUAGUCACUGAUGAUGAUGAUAAUUUGAAUGAAAUUGAAUAUAUGGACACCAACGAAAAUAGUUUAUCUGAUAAUACAUUAGAUCACUCUGAAAUGCGACAAGAGUCGAAUUUGGAGGUAUCUCAGUAUGGUUUAGUUCUUUCACCAAUUGAUAACGACUUGUUAUUCGGGACAAGUCAAUCGUCGACAGAAAGAGACUUACACAACAUGAUAAAGGAUAAUAAGGCGCAAAUUUCUUUUCCCAAAAUACAUAGUGAAAGUAUUUUACAAAACUUGGAAGAAACAGAAAUUCCUACUGAGGCAAAUACACAGUCAUGUGCACAAGAAAUAUGUGAAGAUGGGAAUGAUGCUAGCAACCCGGAAAAUAGUGAGGUGGAUGACGAACCGGUGAAAGUUAUUAAACUAAAAAGGACAAAAAGGAAACGAUUGAGUAAGUUAGACAAGUUGAAAAAGGUUUUAAAACCAAAACACAAAAUAAGAUCAAAAACACCAACAAUAUUCAAAUCGCAACUUAAGUCCAAACCGCACAAUUUACCUGAUAAGAAGAUCAGCAAGAACGAAACUUCAGCAUCUCUUAAUGAUAAAGCUGUUUAUGAAAAAGCCGUUAAAAUAAUGGCAGAAUUAAAUUCGAAACAAAACUCUCAAACUCGUAAGGACCCUAUUAAAGAAUCCUUAUCUUCAAGUGAAAUAUCUCCGAAGAUUGAAAACAUUCAAAUCGGUGAUGGAGCGCCUCCAAAAUCGAAUAUAAAAGAGCCCAUUAAAGACUCCUCAUCCGUAAGUGACUCAUGUCCAAAGAAAACACUUACGGAUAACAUUCAAAUCGAUUCUCAAACACUGCCAAAAGACUCCUUAUCUACAAGUGAAACUUCUUCAAAGAAAACAGAAAACAGUCAAACUGGUAAUCAAAUACCUCCAAAAACAACCCAAAAAGACCUGAAAAAUUAUUUGUCGACAAGUGAAUCUUCCGUGAAGAAAACAUUGACGGAUAACAGUCAAAUUGGUAACGGAACACCUCCAGCAACAAUUCAAAAAGACCUUAUUAAAGACUCCUUAACCACAAGUGAAUUUUCUCAGAAGAAAACACUAAUGGACAUCAGUCAAAUUGAUAAUCAAACACCUCUAAAAAUAACACAAAAAGAUCCUGCUAAAACCUCCUUAUUUACAAGUGAGUCUUCUCCCAAGCAAACAACAAUGGACAAUUGUCAAAUCGGUAAUGGAACACUUCCUAAAGCAACUCAAAAAGAUCCAAUUAAAGAGUCCUUAUCCAGAAGUGAAUCUUCUCUGAAGAAAACAAUAAUGGACAACAGUCAAAUUGGUAACGGAACACCUCCAAAGACAGCUAAAAAAGAACCUGUUAAAGACUCUUUAUCCACCAAUUUGUCUUCUCCGACAACACUUAUGGAGAACAGUCAAACCGAUAAUCAAACACCUCAACAAGACCCCAUUAAAGAGUCUUUAUUUACAAGUGAAUCUUCUCCUAACAAAACACUAACAAACAACAGUCAAAUUGGUAACCUAACAGCGCCAAAAACAACUCAAAAAUCGUCUCUUAUAGAGUCCUUAUUUGGAAGUGAAUCUUCUCCGAAGAAAACACUAACAAACAACAGUCAAAUUGGUAACUUAACAUCUCAAAAAACAACAAAAAAAUCCUCUCUCUUAGAGUUCUUAUUUACAAGUGAACCUUCUCCAAAGAAAACUUUAACGGAAAACAGUCAGACCGAUAAUCGAACACCUCUAACAUCAACACAAAAAUACCCUAUUAAAGAGUCCUUAUUUACAAGUGAAUCUUCUCUGAAGAAAACACUAACAAACAACAGUGAAAUUGGUAACCGAACACCUCCAAAAACAACUCGAAAAUCCUCUUUUAUAGAGUCAUUAUUUACAAGUGAACCUUCUCCAAAGAAUACUUCAACGGAUAACAGUCAGACUGAUACUCGACCAACUCCAAAAUCAACUCAAAAAGACCUUACUAAAGAGUCCUUAUUUACAAGUGAAUCUUCUCCGAAGAAAACUUUAACGGCCGACAGUCAAAUCGGUCAUCGAACACCUCCAAACGCUAUUCAAAAAGGCAUCUUAUCCACAAGUGAAACAUCUUCGAGGAAAACACUUACAAACAACAAUCAAAUCGGUAAUCGGGCAUCCCAAAGAACAAGUCGAAAAGAAACUAUUAAAGAGCUCUUAUCCACUAAUGAAAUAUCUCCGAAGACGGACAAAAUUCAAAUCGGUCAUCAAAAAACUAAUGAAGCCGCUCCCGAAUUAAAACCAAUUUCAAAAACACUAGUAUCUUCGGCUAGAGCAAAAAUUGACUUGUUUUCAAACGAUAAGCAGCCUGAGGACAAUGUUAGAAGUACUGAUAUACUUACAUCUCCAACAAGCCAGAUCGCCACUAGAAGUAAAAGUAAGCCGUGUUUUGUCGUAUUAACAAAGUCACCUGUUGCUCUUCCUGCUCAACAAACGAAAACUUCUGAACAAGUUCAAGAUAAACAAAAAGUUAAUGUGGAAAGCGAAAUACAAAGUCCGCAAGUUUCAAGAAAACGUCGAAACAACUCGGACUUUGAACCUGAAAUACAAUGUAAAAGAAUAUUGCGCAGUUCGACGGCUCAGAAGAGAUCGAGCACAGAAAAUAAAGAAGUGUCUAAUGCAACUAACAAUAAUAAAUCUAUGGAUAUUCGUAGUCCUAGAAAAUUAGAUAUGAACACUACAAAUGAAGAGGACUCCAUGAAACCAUGGAAGAAUAUCAAUCAUGAUAUUGCCAUAAGCUAUGAAGACUUAGAUCUAUUUUCUGAUGAUGUGCAGUCUGAGGACGUCAAAUGCCAGGAAAAAGUGCCACUAAAUAACGCCAAUGAUUUCCAUCCAAAACAAAGUAUUUUAUGUAGCAUGAUAGAUAAAUAUGGGGUGGCAAAAGUAAGAAAUUUUGCCAAGAAAGCACCAGAUGCUGCCGCAGUAAAAAUGGUUUCUGAUAAAAUGGAGCAAUAUAUAAAUUAUAUCAUAGAAAGUUCACCUGCAGAGUCUAAAAUUGUUAUGGAUAAGUUUGUUACUGAUUUGAAAAAAGUUAAUCACAAACACUUUCUUGCGGGGUUGAUGAAAUAUUUAACUAAACCAGAUAGAAAAAUGGAAUUAUUUUCAAAAGUGGUCACAGCCCCAGCUCCGCCCAUGACUAAAGCCGAACAAAUUCUUAUCUAUGUGAUAUUAAAUCUGAAAAGAAAUUGGCCGUCAAUAGACAUUGUUGAUGCUAUUUUAACCAACAUUGAAUAUACUUUAUUCAAAUUGAACCGAACUCCAGAUUUUGGUGUGGUGGAAAGUGCGUCACAUUUCUAUGCAAUUCUGUGUAGAUACUUUAGAGCAAAGAGUCGUUUGCGUCUUUUUAUUUUGGAUGCUAUGUAUUGUACUCAGUUCAAAUCUAUCAGACUUAUUAUGCAAUGCUUAGACGUGUGGUCGCACAUAAUACCAUUAGCGCAUAUGGGAAUUGCAAAGUGCCCAUUGGUGACCUGUUUAGUUUAUCUUCUCCACUUUUACAAAUGCAAUGAUAAGCUAAACAAUAUACAGGUUAUAAGGAAGAUUUUAAGCGAAAGAUAUUUCUAUAAAAUAACGGAUUGGAAUGAGACCAAAAUUGUAGAAAUGUUUAGACAUGCUAUCAAGGAAUUAAAAGAUGUACCAAUAGACAGGAAAAUGUUACGUUUAGCUUUGAUUAUUCUUGCUAAACGGCAGGGUCCGAAAUGGUGUCAAAAUCAUAUUAUAAAGAAUUUACUUCUUCCGAUGAUAGAAAAGCCCAAUGUUCCCGAAAAUGUCAAGGAGUUCUGUGUAUCUAUGAUUGGGCCACUGAUGAAACCUUAUCCAGCUGAUAUGAAAGUUAACUGCGAAAUUGUUAUGAACAAACUUUCUGAUAUGCUUAACCAGGAACAGUCACAGGCAAUGGAGGAAGCUAUCAUCACAAGCAUGGUUUUCAUCAACAGACAUAACCAAAUGAGUAUCAAUAAAGUACUUUUGUCGCGUAAAAUGAAACCUUUUUCAGCGGAAUUAGAAGAAAUAUUACGCGAAUAUGUAAGAGCGAUACCUUUGAAAGUUUGGGAAAGGAAUAUAUCGCAAAUAGUUCAUAGCAGUAAAUAUAAUUAAUAUAGAUACUCCCAGUGUCUAUAGAACUUGAAGUUCCCACCCUUGUGACCUCAACUCAGUCUACUGAGGUUUUAACCAGUAUAUUGAGGUUUUAUUUGUUCUUAACAAGCCUGUUUUAAAUUGCGACUUAUACUGUUCUCUGUAAGUAAAGAAUUGAUAUAGUUUAGUUAGAUAAGUUAUUUAGUUUUGUGAUUUAUGUUUCAAAGAAAUAGUUUAGUUUUAAACUUGGUAAAUAUCGUAAGUACCAGUACUAUAGUUAAGCUAAAAGCUCACCGCUGUGGACGUGACACAAGUUAAGCUACUUUCAUAUUGAAAAUUGUAUAAAAGCCAUUUCAAGUUCAAUUUUGUCAGUGUGUUUUGGAAAGGAAACUUAGCAAUAAUAAUAUAAUAUCAUCUUCACUCUGUUUGUGGUACAAAUCAAGUUCGAAUUUUAUUGUGGUUCGUAGCUAAUCGCUAUAAUUAACUGUAUUAAUAACUAAGCGGCAUAACUAAUGUAUAUAAAUCAUCUGUCACAUGUUAUAGGGUUAGAUCCCAACUUGGGUCAAAGUACUGUGAUCUAAAAAUAUUUAUUUUAAGUCGGUUUUAGGCAUAAGUGAUGCCAGAUUCUAAUCUGCUAUGAUGCACUACCCUAUUUUUAUUAAAGUGUUCGUCUAAUAAGUAUGUAAUUGUGAAUAUCUAUGUUUCUUACAAGAAGAACCGUUAAUUUAACCUCGGAAACCUUUAAUUAUACCUACAUUAAGAGUACUACUAUAAGUGUAGACAGGUUUUAUUACUGACCGUAUUAUAACAUUAAUAUAUUUUUAACAUUUAAUAUGUAGUUAGACGACUAGGAUAGGGCUGCGCCCAUGCAAGGCUAUAAUAGUUAAUGGCGGGUGACUAAUGAAUAACUUAUUAUAGCCUGAUAGGUUUUUAAUGUUUAGUCAGUGUCAAAGAAAUAUAAAUGUCUAGGAUAUAUUACACGAUCUCAUGAAACUAAUUCAUUAAAAUAUAAGUUAAGGGGUAAAAUAUAAAAAGCCGAGGCCUAGGGGUAACAAGACAGCAUAUUGUGUCUUGAAAAUUUCUUAUUUAGAUACCUGUAAAUAUCUUAAGUUAGGCAAAGAAUGUAAAUUCAAAAUUUGUGAGAGAUCACUGAUUCUUCUGUGACUAUGUUUAUAGUAAAUAAAAGUCAAUAUUUCACA